AUGGACCUGAAUACACCUGCACCAUCUGCCAGAACCAGUUUGACAACUGAUCCGACCUGGAAGAGCACUGUCGAUGGGACCACUUCUGGUGUGCGCGAUGUGAACGCGUCUUCGUGUCAGAGGACUUCAAACGCGAUCAUCUGCCAUCUCUGCGAAUUCGAAGUGGACUUUCCGUCUCAGAGCGACCUGGAAGAGCACCAACGCACGCACGACGCGCGCGACGAGGAAUGCUUCAGCUGCUACCGAGUAUUCGGGUCUUUCUCUGCCAUGCUGAUCCACUUCGAAACGGGGACAUGCUCAAAGGGCGUGGAUCUUAGUGAUAUUCACGAGAUGGCGUUGAGUGCUACCAAGCCCGCUAGUACACCCGGGACCAAAAUGAUUAUUUUCCAUACUUUUGCCCUGGUCCUGGGUGUGGGCGCGAGUUCCGAUUUCCUCAGCUCUCUAUCAGCACAUGGAGACUAG